CUCUUGUGCAGCCAGCCACCUACCCAGCCAUCAAGAUCAAGAUGCGUCGCACCUUCACGGUCCUCGCCCUCUUCGCCUGCCUGGCCUUCGCGGCUGCAACCGGCCCUGAGCCUCCGGCUGCUGAGACUCAGCCUGCUGUGGCCGACCCUGCUGUGGCCGAGCCUGCUGAUGCAACCCCUGUGACGACAGACGACGACCCGGCAGCCGCUGACCCAGAGGAGCCUGAGGUCGAGGAGGAGGUGCCUCCUCCCCCUCCUGAGGGUCUUCUGGAGAUGCCUCCUCCUGACGACGAAGAGGAAGAUGAAGGUGCGUUGGUGGCACGUGUCGUGUAGAUGCCUGCUUGUGUCGCUCACUCUCGUGCUCUGUCUGUCUGUCUGUCUGUCUGUCUGUGUGUCUCUGGGUGUGUCUCAGGUGCCCGCCGUCAGCUCGGCCACAAGUACGGGUAUCACAGCUACUACAGGCCUUACCACUACGGCUACUAUUAUCCCUACUACGGCUACCACCACUACAAGUAUUAUGGCAAGAAAUACGGCCACCACCGCAGCCUGAAAGCAGCAGAGACCGCAGAAGACAACGAAGGUACGAUCAGAGGCCCACUACACACACACACACGCACGCACCCACAACACACACAUUCCUGCCUCGGUGUGUGGUGUCGGUGUGCUCAUGUCAGCAGAGGCCCCCGACCGUCAGCUCGGCCACAAGCAUUACGGGCAUCACGGCUAUUACUACCCUUACCACUACGGCUAUUACUACCCCUACUACGGCUACCACCACUACAAGCAUUAUGGCAAGAAGCACGGCCACUACCGCCGCCUGAGAGCUCCGCAGGGUGAGUGACGUGACCAUCACAGAUGCUGGGGCUGGGCUUAGCUCGUGUCAUGUCACCUUUGUUGUGUGGUGUGUUGUGGUGUGUUGUGGUGUGUUGUGGUGUGUUGUGGUGUGUUGUGGUGUGUUGUGGUGUGUUGUGGUGUGUUGUCAGGUGCUGAUGCGCCUCAGGAGGCUGCUGACACUGCCGACGCACCCGGCCGUGAGCUCGGCCACAAGAAGCAUUAUGGUCACAGCUACUACUACCCUUACCACUACGGCUAUUAUUACCCCUACUACGGCUACCACCACUACCACAAGUAUGGCAAGUACGGCCACCAUUGAGUGUGAGACACACUUAGCCAGCCGAGGGCGUCGGUGGUGAACUGUCUCGUUGCGUGUCUGACUAACUAAAC